AUGAGAAUACUAAAAUGGUACUCUGACGCCAUGCAGCUCAACAGAUUGAAACAGGGGAGUACGAACAGGUAUUCUACUCCUCAACUAGUCGCAUUCGUCCUUCUCCACUACGUAGCAGUCCAGCAACUCACAUCUCUGUUAUUUGAUGCAAAUUACCAUAAUAAUUGGAAGGCACAAGGAAUCAACUACCUGGUGCUUGGAACUGCAUUUGUAGCCUACAGCCUGUUCAUGAAAGCAGCAUAUGCGCCCAGAAAGCAGAAUUCAACCAAUUUAUUCGUAGCCACCCUUCUGUCAUUCUCAUUCUACCCAAUGGCCAAGUUGCCCAGUGAAUUCAUUUUGGUUCCACCCCAAACAGCCAUUUUCACCAGUGCAUCCCUAGCAUCAUUUCUAGUAGCCCAGAAUAUGGAAUCAUGCACCAAUACAGUCACCGUACUCAACACAAUUCUUAGUAUUCUGAUUCACCUUGGAAUCAAUACGAUAUUCUGUGAUAUCAAUAGGAGCAUAUUUUCAAGAAUCAAAAUCACCUAA